GACCUGGUGCUAUUAGCCUCGUCGACGUCCUCAUCACAGGAGGCAAAGGCAUCCACUACAACUAAAAAUUGGCUAGUUAAUAAGCUAGUUGACAGUUGCUAAUUUUUAGCUAGCUAGUGAGUUGGCUCGGGACGGACAACCCAAGGCUCCAGGAUGGCGCCCCCGCGGGCGAUUGGCGCCGCCGACUCCCCUGGUCCCCGGCCUUCGGCGAGGGGGGUCGUCCCUUCCUCCUCUGCGUGUUCGGAUCGCGUUCCCCUCCACGGAGGCUUCGGGUCGUCUCUCCACGCGGUGGGCUCGGAGUUCGGCUCCCAGACCAAUACUCUUCUGGAUUCGGUGGAUUUGGUUGAGCAGCUUGCGAGGCAUUUCUCUAGGCCUCUAACCAAGGAACAAAUGGAGGCAAUUAUGGAGCUGGCAACUCAGGGGAAGGAAAAGGAAGGGAUCAAGAAGAAGGGCAGCAAGGUGACACCCCUCCAGGCUCCUAUCAUCGAGGCUUCUGAGAUGCGCUGAGUUGUAAUAUGAGAGGUGUGGGUAGUUCUAGUGCAUCAUGUUAUGUCGCCAGUGUGCUUGCCUGUGGGUCGCCCAGGAUCUUUUGUUGGCUGCUUUGUGUAGCAGGUUGUUGCCUAGGCAGUGGUGUUGGUUUCUUUGGCUGGCAUUAUCUAUGUCUCUGUCUAUCUUAUUUUCUGUUGUAAGACGCUGGUUAUUAGCUUCUGAAAGUAUGUUAUGGACGGUGGAAGGCUGGUUGGUUCCUGUCCUCCUUUCCUAUCCUGUGUACCUCAUGUGUGACAUUUAUUUAAGCAGGGGAGCUGGUUUUGAUUAAUGAA